AUGAAACGGGGCCUUCUCCCGGGGCACCAGAGCCUGGCACAGGAGCAGAGGCUGCAGCCCCCCUGUGGCAGCCUCGUCAGACCAGGUGAAAGCAGCAGCGCUGGCAGCAGUAACAAGAUGGAGACGAGAGGCUCGGGGCCGGAGGCCGGGGGGAGGCUGGAGAUGCUGGGCACGGAGGGCAUCCAGGGUCCAUGGCGCACCCACUUGGCCAUCCACCGGCUUCGCCAUGCCAGCUGUUGGGAGACUCUGUCUCUUCUGAAGGAUGGGCAAGCCACUGGGGCCCCCCAAGUUCCUGUGGAAGGCACUGGCACGGAGGCACCCCGCAAGCAGGGCCCCCAGAAAGAGCCUUCUGGGCCCCCAGCCAGUCCUGCUGAUGCCCGAGGGGCGAGCCACUACCCUUUCCCAAAGAGAAAAGUGCCCCGGGUCUCCGAGGCCGCCAGGAGGCUGGGCCUCUACAGGCCCACCUGAAGCCUAGGCAGAAAGGUCCCAACUUUGCUGGGGAGCUCACUACAUCCACUCUCAAGGACGGCUCAGGACAGGAGGAAGUACUCCCUGACCCGGCGCCUUGCAUGCCCUCCCGCCAAGACCUCCCAGAACCAUAACGGAGGCCUCGGCCAGGAUCAGGUUUGGGAGGAGGGGCCGCGGGGCUCAGCGUGCCCUUCAGAGGGGAGCCCCGGAGCGUGGAGCCGGGGACACACCACUGAAAUGUUCCCACAGCAGC